AUGCAUGAUUAUGCCAGAUCCUUGUACCUAACCUUCUAUUCUACUCCCUCAAGAACAGAGAAGGUGAACAUGACGGGCAUCUUGAUAAAAAAGUCGAGUAUCCGUGUCCUAGGCUCAUACGAACUUGGUUCAUAUUCACUAUAUUCAGACCGAGCAACAGACAUCAGAAUUGAGACGGUUACGGGUGAUCACCUCCUCGUUCAGAACCUAUACCUUCCCACAUCUGAUAAACAGUUACAAGCCGAAAUCAUCCGAGAAACUCAAGCCAACUUUCGCCACUUGAAGGACCAACAUCCUACCCUUCAACUUUUCUAUGGAGGUGACCUCAAUCAUUCGAUUGACGACAACACCUCUUCCGAAAGGACAGUGCGAUUGGCAAUAAAUGAACUUGAUAAUGUCAGUGGAACGGAGGACGUUGCUAAGUGGGACCGCAGAAUUUCCAAACAUCCUACCAACGUAUCCUACCAAAACUGCCGCAGAAUUGAUCGGUUUCACGCUCCCAGGAAUUGGCGACAGAGAGCUCGCUGCUAUAAAACGUAUAGACAUCCGGUCAUAACCACAUCACAUUUCGUUAUUAUUCUAUCCUUAGUUCUAGACAACCAGUCUAGAGUACACGUGGGGAAAAGGCGAUUUGUAUUCCCCCUUCGGCGUAUCCUCCUUCCUUACGCCAACAAAGCAUUUCGGAAGAUCCCCACAAACCUUCUGAUUAAUGAAGCAAUAUUCCUUAUCACGAGUGAGGGACUUGAUUACAUCAAGUUCAUGGGCACGCUACGUCGUAUGCAUCCAAGACUUGCUGCCAAGAUGAUCUCGGACGGUUGUCAUAUCCUGAAAGGGGAAUAUCAGGAUCAGGCCACCAAGGCCUUCUUUCAACAUAAACGGCAAGACCCGACAAUAUAUCAAAAAGUUACCAAUGCAGCUACUGGCACUGAAGCGGACGACACCCUUGGUAUGCUUGAAGUGGCCACAGAAUACUACCGUGACCUCUACAAGGCACCCCCGCAAGUGCCAGAUUCAGACCUCCAACAAUAUCUAAGCCCUGUUACUAGCCAACUCAAUGAUUUCGAACGGGCGACACUCAACCGUCCUUUCACAAAGGAGGAGCUCUUAAUAGCGGUCAAAGGUAUGGAAAAAUCCGCAGCCCCCGGAGCUGACGGAGUACAACUCCCAGUCAUCGAAUAUUUGUGGGAAUCACUAGGUCCAAUACUCACAAGGGAAGCUAAUAACAUCAUGCGGACCGGAAACCUUCCGCAGAAUUUCAAGAAAGUACUCAUCACCCUCAUACCAAAACGAGGCAAAGAGGGUGACACGGACAUUGCAAAUUUGAGGCCCAUAUCAUUGACAAACACCACACUCAAGAUAGUGUCAAGCGCAGCGUGCAGAAGACUUCAAAAGGUGCUUGACAAACUCAUUGGUCCCAACCAGCGAGGAUUCAUCAAGGGACGUUUUAUCACUCACAACACGAUGGAAUUCUUCACUAUGGUUCGACUUUUGAAAGAACGUAAAGAUCGGGAUCGCCCUUCCUACUAUCAGGCGAUCUUGAUGGCGGACUUUACGAAAGCGUUCGAUAGGAUCUCGCAUCAAUAUAUUAAUGCUACCCUAGAAAAAAUGGAAUUGGGGACAAAAAUGACAGGCUUACUCAUGCUGAUACUCAAAGGGCAGUUCGGCCAGAUAGUCAUGAACAAUUGUGGAGGGGAUUACUUUCCCUUAGAUUGUGGGACCCGUCAGGGAAACCCGCUAUCACCACUUUUGUUCAACAUCGCUCUAGAACCCUUUUUGUUACACCUUAAGAUAUUGGAAGGAGUCAAACUAAGUUACGGUGACAUCAGUCUAGGACAGAUGCAAUAUCAUGCGUUCGCGGACGAUGUAAACAUAUAUUUACUGAAUCUUCUGGACUACCAGAAAAUGGCUCGUUGUAUUAAAGAUUUUGAACGAGUCAGCAAUAGCUAG